AUGGUCAAGAUUGCUUUUUUUGUGGCGGCAGCCGCUCUUUGCUUCGAAACGACAUCUGCCAUCAAAGAGAUUGGAUUUGGUGCUUGCUUCGGCGACAGGAUAGCUAAUGGAAAAUACUUUGCCAUUUUCGACGGUAGCUCUCCUACCUGCUUCGCAGAUGCAGGAACCAAAAAGAACAUGAACCUGAACGGAAGUGGCGGUUUCUCAUCUGGAAACAACGCUGGCUACAUCACGUACACCUGGAACAAGCACACCUACACCUAUCACUACAAGAAGAAGGAGAUCCUCAACCUUGACCUCGGAAAGGUUAAAGAGCUGCACAUCAAUUAA